AGAAGGGGUGCACCUGAAGAACGAUCGACAUGCGACAUCGCGAGAUGCGUUUCACAUCGAUUCUGGCAAACCUCGCGGAAAGGUGAUUAACAGUUGUCCGUGUUCCCACAAAGGAAGAAUUGUGGGAGGAAGAUCGAGAGAAUGGAGCUGAACGCGUUCCUCACCUGGCUCACGACGCUGGCGAUAACAUCGAUAGCCUUGAUCGACACGAUAAACGCGAACCCGACGUACUACGUGAAACCCAUCGAAGACGAGAACGAUUACGCCCGUGUCCUGGAGUUUUCGCUUUUAUUUUACGAGGCACAACGAUCGGGAAAGCUGCCGGAGAACAAUCGAAUCCCAUGGAGAGGGGAUUCGGCGCUCGUAGAUCGUGGCCUGAACGGGGAAGAUUUGACCGGAGGCUAUUAUGACGCCGGCGAUUUCGUGAAAUUCGGCUUCACGAUGGCUUCGACGACCACACUUCUGGCAUGGGGUGGCGUCAGCUGGCCAGAAGCUUACAACGCGGCUGGUCAGCUCGAUGAGCUCCGCAAAGCUAUCAAAUGGGCUACAGAUUACUUCAUUAAGUGCCACGUUAGCGAGUAUGUCUUUUACGGUCAAGUCGGUGAUUUCUCGCUGGAUCAUACGUUCUGGGGAAGACCGGAGGAACUGAACACCACUAGACCCGCUUAUAAGAUCGAUCCUGAACAUCCUGGCUCCGAUUUAGCAGGCGAAACAGCCUCUGCCCUCGCGGCUUCCAGCAUCAUUUUCCGCAACCACGAUCCCGAAUACAGUGCUCUGUGUUUAAAACACGCGAAGGAACUGUACAAAUUUGCGAAUAAGUAUCGCGGUCUUUAUCACGAGGCGAUCCGCGGAGCAGCUCAGUACUACGAGAGUACUGAUUAUGGCGACGAGUUAACCUGGGCGGCAGUGUGGUUGUUCAAGGCGACAAACGAUACGAUGUACCUCGAGGAUGCCGAGCAUCAUUACCAGCAUUUCCAUCUCAAAGAGAGACCGAACGAAUUCUUUUACAACAAGAAGGUCGCUGGCGUUCAGGUUCUGCUGGCUCAGAUGACAGGUCAGCCGGAGUACCAGAACGCUGCACGGGCUUUUUGCGAUUUCUCUGUGCGCCAGCAAAAACGUACACCAAAGGGUUUGCUCUAUAUCGACAAGUUCGGCACCCUCUGCCACGCGGCGAAUGUCGCGUUCGUUUGUCUGGAAGCGGCCGAUUCACCCGGUAUCGGAAACCCGCAGGAAUAUCGCGAAUUCGCCGAGCAACAAAUUUACUACAUGCUGGGAGGCGGCGGCAGGAGCUACGUGGUCGGUUGGGGUCGAAAUCCUCCGAAGCAGCCUCAUCACGCGGCGUCGUCCUGUCCUGACAGACCUGCCGCCUGCGGAUGGCCCGAAUUCGACAAAGACGCUCCAAACCCGCAGAUUCUCUACGGAGCCCUGGUUUCCGGACCCGACGAGGCGGACAAGUUCCAGGACCAUCGAGAAGAUUACGUGUACACCGAAGUCACGUUGGAUUACAAUGCCGGAUUUACAAGCGCGCUCGCUGGGUUGUUGCAGGUUCGAGUGAAGAGCAGCGCGUAA